AUGGGUCCAGCCUUGCGCCGGAUCGGUGAGCAGAUGAUCGAGUACACAUACAUGCCGAUGCUCGAGCCCAAUGCUCUGCGGGACGUCCCGCUCGAGACCUGCUUGGAUCACUCGGAUGGCUUUUGGGGUUACAACGAGCUCGUUCUCGACGCGGUCGCGAUUGAUUCGCGGGCAAGCCGUGUCACUUUUGCGCUGGCUCGCGCCGUGCAGGACGCCGCUAGCGUCGCCAACGGGCUCCCCCUGCCUCUCCUCGAGUACAAUCCCGGCAAUGCGGCGGCGCCAUUCCGGGUUCUGCGCGCGCUGCCGGCUGAGUGA